GAAGCAGUAGUAUGUCGUGAACCACUACGACGACCGCGACGCCGCGGCACCGAGGUCCACCUACGAUCCAGUCUUAUCCCCGACUUUCUUGCUCCUCUUUCUUUAUCAUCCUUCCAUCUCCCGAUAACCGGUGAACCUUCAGCGGCGUAAUCCGCGAAGAACUCGCCCAUCGAAUCUGGUAAUUAACUCAAACCCGCCUGCACCUUCCUCGUCGUUCAAACAAGCUCCACGGCCGUCGAGAAGGAACGUCACGGGUUCGAUUUGGAAAAUCCGUAAUUUGUGUUGUGGCCCGAGCACUCGAGAAAAGAAGUCGAAUAAGCAGCAACCAUGUACUCGGCGCUGUUGCUAUUGAGAUCUACCAAGCUCGGACGCUUUCCAGCAAGAUUGGCUUCGUCCUCCUCGCCCCUAAGGAUUCCCGAGCAACCGGGAAACCGAGUGGACUUACGGAGAGAGCUGCAAGCGGCGGAAAGACCUGGAAAAACUGCGGCGACUUUCAGCGAUCGCAGCCAGCUGAAGUAUGCGCGUCGUUUGGUCGUGAAAUUGGGCAGCGCUGUUAUCACAAGGGAAGACGAACAUGGACUGGCGUUGGGUCGUUUGGCAUCCAUCGUCGAACAGGUAGCCGAAUGCCAGAACGAAGGUCGCGAAUGUAUUAUGGUCACCAGUGGUGCGGUCGCGUUCGGUAAACAGAAACUCACCCAAGAACUGUUGAUGUCGUUGUCGAUGAGGGAAACAUUGAGCCCAGCCGAUCAUACCAGAGAACACGCAGGCACUCUUUUGGAACCUAGAGCAGCAGCCGCGGUUGGUCAAUCAGGCCUCAUGUCACUGUACGAUGCAAUGUUUGCUCAAUACGGUGUAAAGUUGGCACAAGUUUUGGUGACGAAACCCGACUUCUACAACGAAGAGACGCGCAAGAAUUUGUUCAGUACCUUGAGCGAGUUGAUCAGCCUGAACAUCGUGCCCAUCAUCAACACGAACGACGCCGUCUCGCCACCGCCACACGUCGACGAAGAGGUAGCCGGUGGCGGAGGUCGACGAGGUAUUUCCAUAAAGGACAACGACUCGUUGGCAGCUAUGCUGGCGGCAGAGGUCCAAGCCGACCUGUUAAUCUUGAUGAGCGAUGUGGACGGGAUCUACAACCUACCCCCUUGGCUGGACGGAGCGAAGAUGUUGCACACUUUCAGCUCCGAUCUGAGGGGCACCAUCAAGUACGGACAGAAGUCGAAGGUCGGCACCGGUGGCAUGGAUUCGAAGGUCAACGCCGCUCUGUGGGCACUCGACCGGGGUGUCUCCGUUGUAAUCUGUAACGGAACCCAAGAGAAAGCUAUAAAGCACAUCCUCUCCGGAAGGAAGAUCGGCACGUUAUUCACCGAAACGACUGGGUCCAGCACACCCAUCGAGGUCGUUGCUGAAAACGCUCGCGUCGGGAGCAGAGCUCUUCAGGCUCUUCGGCCAGAGGAGCGCGCAAAUUGUAUUAACGCGUUGGCCGACCUUUUGGAGUCCCGUCAGACAGGAAUUCUGGAGGCGAAUGCGAAAGACCUCGAAGAGGCGCAGAAAAGUGGGCUGGCGAAGGCGCUUCUAUCACGUCUUUCCUUGACGCCCGCGAAACUGAAGUCCCUGAGCUCUGGCUUGCGACAGAUCGCAGACGACUCUUUGACGAACGUGGGCCGCGUGAUCAGGAGAACGAAGCUCGCGGAGGGUCUCGAAUUGAAACAGAUUACGGUACCGAUCGGCGUGUUGUUGGUGAUUUUCGAAUCGAGACCCGACAGUUUGCCUCAAGUGGCCGCGCUGGCGAUGUCCAGUGCCAACGGUCUCCUUCUAAAGGGCGGGAAAGAAGCCGCCAACAGCAAUCGAUAUUUAAUGGAUCUCGUGAAAGAGGCGCUCAACACCGUCGGUGCGUCGAACGCGAUAUCCCUCGUCUCGACAAGGGAAGACGUUGGCGAUCUACUGUCGAUGGAGAAACACAUAGAUCUCAUCAUCCCGCGUGGCAGUUCCGAUCUCGUUCGUUCGAUUCAGGAGCAAUCGAAGCAUAUCCCGGUGCUUGGUCAUGCGGAGGGCAUCUGUCACGUCUACGUGGACAAAGAAGCGGACUUGGCCAAGGCUUUGAGGAUCGUCAGAGACUCGAAAUGUGACUAUCCUGCCGCUUGCAACGCUAUGGAGACUCUCCUCAUUCACGAGGAUCAUAUGAAGGAUAGCUUCUUCACCGACGUCUGCAACAUGCUACAAAAAGAAGGGGUAAAAAUUCAUUCCGGACCAAAACUAAGGCAGCUGUUGACGUUCGGUCCACCGGCCGCGAAGAGUCUCAAGACGGAGUACAGUUCCCUCGAGUGCACCAUCGAGGUUGUAACGGAUCUGGACGACGCGAUAAAUCAUAUCCACAAGUACGGCAGCGGGCACACCGAUGUGAUCGUUACCGAAGACAGCAAAAGAGCCAGCCACUUCCAAAGAGAGGUCGAUAGUGCAUGCGUGUUUCACAAUGCCAGUACACGGUUCUCCGAUGGAUACAGAUUUGGUCUUGGCGCGGAGGUCGGAAUUUCCACGGCAAGGAUACACGCUCGCGGACCGGUCGGAGUGGACGGUUUGCUGACCACGAAAUGGGUGUUGCAAGGUGACGGUCACGCAGCUGCCGACUUCGCCGAGGGUGGCAGCAAAGUUUGGCUCCAUCAAUCCUUGCCGCUUAACGAAACAGCAUGAAUCGAUCUCGUAAACUCAAGCAACUUAGAGGAUGUCGGAAUCUUUGCCGCCGCGACACGGAGUAUUUUCCAUCGAGGGGUACCGCCGGAGAGAAAUCGCGUUAAACCGCGACGAACGUACAAAUUUCUCUCCACCCUUCAAUCGCUCGUCGCUAAAUGCUCGCGGAUCGUUAAGAACCUUAUCGGAUAGCUACAUAUACGGUCGCGUGGAC